GAGGGUGUCCGAGCCUACGUGCAAGCAGACAUGAGCAAUCCCUGGUAAAGCAGAGGAAGUCUCUCCGGAUCCAUUCAAAAGAAUAAGGAGAGACUCUGGUCGGAGGCCGGCGGAGGCGAUGAUGCUCCCGAGCGGCUUGUGCCUGGCCUUGCUCGUCCCCGUCCUGCUGGUGCAGGCUCAGUAUGAGAAGUACAGCUUCCGAAGUUUCCCCCAGAAGGACAUCAUGCCGCUGGAGUCUGCGUACGGCUACGCCAUGGAGCAGUACGCGGCGCACCAGUGGAAGGAGAGCGUGCAGUACCUGGAGCUGAGCCUGCGGCUCCACCGGCUGCUGCGGGACAGCGAGCGCUUCUGCAGCCGCAACUGCAGCUCCGAGAGCCGCGACAGCGACGCCCUGAUCCCCGACACCAGCCUGCGCGUCGUGCGCCACAUCCUGCUCCGAGCCGCCUGCCUUAAGAAGUGCAAGGCAGAGUUCCCGGUGUUUAAGCAGUCCUACCCUCGCAGGGAUGUGCUGGAAAAUUUUGAGAAAAGGACACCGUAUCGGUACAUACAGUUUGCUUAUUACCAGCUUAACAACUUGGAAAAGGCCGUGGCAGCGGCUCACACCUUCCUGAAGAAAAACCCAGAUGAUUCCCCUUUAACCAAGAACAUGAACUACUACAAGACGCUGUUUGACGUGGAGGAAUAUCUCAUCGACCACGAGGAGCAGCCCUAUGAAAGUGUUUUCCUCAAAAGUGUGACGCUCUACAACAGCGACGACUUCAGCAGCAGCGCCAGGAACAUGGAGCAAGCUAUCACACAGUAUUUUGAAAUCUACAGCCUCUGCUUGGCCGGCUGCGAGGGCUCGUACGAGAUCGUGGAGUUUAAGGACUUCUAUCCCACCCUGGCAGAUCUUUACACUGACGUGCUGAAAUGUAAAGUGAAAUGCGAGGAGAACCUGACGCCCAACGUCGGAGGUUUCUUCGUGGAGAAGUUUGUUGCCACCAUGUAUCACUACCUCCAGUUUUCAUAUUAUAAAUUGAAUGACGUAAAGAACGCUGCUCCCUGCGCAGCCAGUUACAUGCUGUUUGACCCCGAAGACAAGGUGAUGCAGCAAAACCUGGCCUACUAUCGUUUCUAUCGGGAGCAGUGGGGCCUCACAGAAGAGGACUUUCAGCCUCGGCCUGAGGCCCUGAGAUAUUUUAACAUGACAGCCAAACAGAAAGAGAUGCUGGAGUUUGCACUGAACUACCUACAGAUGGACGACGACGAGGAUGUCGUAAGUCCAGAGGACGCGGCCAGCCCUCAUUCAGAACAUCCUGAUGUUGAGUUUGAGGGGAUGGGGGACUACGAGGAGUCUUUCCUGGCUGAAUGGUGGCAGGAACCCAAAACCAAAUGGGACACUGGAGAAGACGCAGACUGACGUCCGUCUCCGUCGCUGAGCGGAAAGCUUCCUGUCCCUUUUAUGACCCCCCCAUCUCAUGGCGACAUAUCAAAGACCUUUCUACAAACAAACAUUGACAUUCCCAACAGUGUAAGCAAAAAAAGCAAACUGACUCUCCCCCACCUGAGCAAUAAAAGGACAAACUCAUCCAUCGUGUUGAUCCAGAUUAGAGAUUGACGGAUUCAGUCUUGGCUGCCAUCAGCCUCUCUUAAUAGUCAUUUGCUUGUGUACAUAUACAUGUUUAUGACUCCUUAUAGUUUUUAUUUACAGUCUUAAUUUAAUGUAAUGUAUGAAUACCUUUGUGCUGCGGUAGAAGGAAGGGUUUUGUUUUUUUUAAAUGCUAAAUGAUUUUUCAACCACCAACUGUGUGCCUUUCAUCAGUUGUUCUUGAAUUAAAGUAUUAUUUUAAUAUA